GAAGACAGCGAAGAAAGCGAUUUCUCCCAAGAAAGCGAAGUCUCUAGCCAAGAAAUGGAGUCUUCCCAAGAAGAAAUAGAAAACUUAGCGCCUUGGUUACGCAUUUUUGAUGAAGCUGAGAAACGCCAUGAGACCCAGCUCAACGCAUUGAUCAAUGAGUACGAAGGGAACAGAGAUUCAGAAAAUGUGGCCCGCGUGGAAGCCGAGAACGCACUUCUUCCUGUUUACAGAAAAGAGCUAAGAAAAGUACUCAUUAGAGAAUCUACAGUGGAUGCGUGCAAUGAAAAAAGAUUUCACCUUCAAAAAAGCGAUUGA